AUGAACAGUGGCAUCAAGAAAGGGGACAUUGUUCCGAUUCUGUUCGAGAAGUCUUCCUUUGCAGUUUUGGCCAUCGUCGCUAUUCUUAAAGCGGGAGGUGCCUAUGUUGGGUUCAGUGCCGAGACACCCAUCAACUUUCUGCGAGAAUGUUCAUCCAUUGCGAACGCUCCGCUCAUUAUCACGAGUAAUCAUCACGAGGACCUCGUUGGGAAGGUCAGCUCCCGGGCAUUAGUACUGGACCAACCAUUUGUUGAGGGCCUGGUGAACUCAACAGAUGAUGAGGGCUUCUCAUCUCCCGCUCGUCCAUCAGACCUGGCCUAUCUGGUGUUUACAUCAGGAUCUACCGGUACCCCCAAGGCCGUCAUGACGGAACACAGAGCCUACGUCACAGACGCCCUCGCACAACAAAAAGCUGCUCUACUCACUCCUUCCUCCCGUGUGCUUCACUUCGCCUCAUACAAUUUCGACGCCACCAACUUCGAUGUGCUCAGCACUCUCAUUGCUGGCGGCACAAUUUGCGUUCCUGCCGAGUUCGAUCGCAUCAACCGCCUCGCGGGGGCCAUCAACGACCUCAGCGCCAACUUUCUCGGCGUCACAGCCACCCUCGCACAAAUCCUCGAACCAGAAGAUGUGCCCGGUCUGAAAACCGUGAUUCUAUGCGGCGAAGCCAACAGUCCCGAAAUCGUUGAGAAGUGGACUCGGUCUGGAGCCGAUGUCAUCAACGGCUACGGGCCUUCGGAGGCGUCAUGCGCAUUCUCAUACAAUGUAUACACUCGUCAAUCGCCACAGGCUAACAACAUUGGACGGGCACUCGACGGAGCUUGCUGGGGAUGGGUUGUGAACCCAGAGAACCACAAUCAGCUACUGCCUAUUGGUGCAAAGGGCGAGCUACUGAUUCAGGGACCAACGCUGAGCAGGGGCUAUCUGAAUGAGCCGGAGAAAACUGCAAAGGUGUUCAUUGAAAGCCCUGAGUGGUUACCAGGGAAAGUCGCCAUCAGCAUGGAAAGGCUCUACAAGACAGGAGACCUUGUGCGACAACUCCCAGAUCAGUCUUUCGAGGUGUUUGGGCGUAUCGACACGCAAGUCAAGCUAAACGGCCAGCGUAUUGAGCUUGGCGAGAUAGAGCACAAGGUUAGUCUACUGCUUGGGGGAGAAUUUACAGUCGCGGUGGAGGCAGUACAUUUGACCCGCGGAGAAGAGCCUGCCUCAAAAGUUCUGAUCGCAUUCUACGCAAAAGAUGUAGGAGGUACCCAAAAGGAUGCUGCGCCGCUGGAGAUUGUCAACGAUAGUGAGUCUGAGCUCAUUGAUGUCCAAAGCAUCAAGAAGAAGCUUGCAAAUGACCUCAAAGCCAUUGCUAUUCCCCAAGCAUUUAUCCCACUUCUAAAGAUGCCGGUCACUAGUCAAGGCAAACUAGACCGAAAGCGUUUGCAGAAAAUUGGCAGUCAACUCGAUAAGCUUAGGUUGGCUGCGUUCUCUGGAGUCACCGUAUCUGUCAAGGAUGAGCCUGCGAUGAACGAGUUUGAGGCAAUCGUCUGCGAGCUGUUCGCACGGUCACUUAGCUUGAGCAAAGGCGAAAUUGGUCGUCAAUCAGAUUUCUUUCCCAUGGGUGGCGAUUCCCUUAAAGCCAUCAAAUUGGUAUCUCUGGCCAGGAAGCUGGGUUUCAGUCUCUCGGUACCGGUAAAAGAUGAUACUCUUCCAUGCACAACGAAGCAAGGAUGA